AUGUCUGGUCAACUUAGCAACAAAACAUUUUCUUUAAAACAAAAAUCAUGCAUUCCAGCCUUAGACGAUGUAAUUGUUAAUCUUCCUUUUCCACCAAAUUUUAAUGUCGCGGCUGAUAUUAUUAAUAAGAGAAAACCUUCACAAAUUAAUUUAAAAGCUCCAAAUGCUUUUUUAAUAUAUCGUAAAGUUUUUCUAGACCACCUUUGUACUAUAAAUCACAAUCUUAAGAUGACUGAUGUUUCAAAAUUAGUCAGUACUCAUUGGAAAAAUGAACCUGAAUCAGUUAAAUCAUUUUACAAAGAGGUCUCUCAACAAGUUGAAUGUGAACUUAACGAAAGAAGAAAGGCAAAUGUAUCAUUCUGUAGAGUGGUUUGGAAAAACUCAAAAUUAUCGGGACUUUCUAACCAAAGGCGAAAGGUAGCAAAGAAAAAAAGACAAUUUAAUUUUAGUGCUAAAACUUCAUCUAGACAUCCGCAACGUAACAAUUUAUUUUAUGAAUUUAUUAAUGUCACACCGGAAGCUAUUCUUGCAUCCAAACCAGGAAUGUUGAAAACUGAUAAUUUUUCGCUUCCUGCUUCUGCUGCAAGUCGCAAAAUUUCAAAUGCUAUGACAAGAGAAAAAUCACAUGAUAUUAGAUAUAAUAAGAACAAUUCUAAUCAUGUCACAUACUCACGUGAUAAUGAACACCGAGCUGGAAUGAAUCCAGAGUUAGUCGAUCCUGAAGGAAGUAUUCCUUCACCAACUAAUUACAAUGACACUUUAGGGGAAGCUCUUUAUCAUGGAGAAUUUAUGCAAUAUGCUUUUAAUCAAAAUAUAGAUUUUUCUCAGAAUAUUCUAAACUUUAAUUAUGAUAUAAAUUAUGAUAUAUUAGACUAUUAUUUACAAGAUUUUUCUGAGUAG